AUGGUCAAAAGAGUGUGUAUAAGGAAUAGAGUGGAUUUUGUGGGCUUGUCCGAAAGAAAGAAAGGUGGGUUCGAUAGAGGGUUGAUUAGAAACUUGUGGGGGGAUAACAGUAUUGAUUGGGCUGGUGUGGAAUCUUCUUCUUCUGUAGGAGGUAUCAUUUGUAUGUGGCGUAAUAAUUUUCUUGUUUGUUCGGAUAUUUUUAGAAGUGAUAGAUGGAUUGUAGUGAAGGGUUGUAUCAAGGAGCUGAGGUUUGAUUGUGCCAUUUGUGUGGUUUACGGUCCGCACCUAAGGGAUGAAAAGAAAGCCUUCUGGGAUGGCCUGAUGGAGGUUAAGAAGACGGUGGGAGUUCCAAUUAUGUAUGGUGGGGAUUUUAACAAGAUUUUGAAGGAGGAAGAAAGGAAAGGAAAUAGAACUCUAUCACAAAGUAGUCGUGAGUUUAAACAAUGGGUAAGUCACAUGGAGCUAAUGGAUAUGAAUUUGAGUGGGAGGAGAUUUACGUGGUAUGGGGGGAAGUGCUGUAGUAGAAUAGACCGAGUGUUUGUUGACUGUGAGUGGCAGGAGGUGACUAAAGACCUAUGCUUAAAGGGAUUGAAUAGGGCGCUUUCAGAUCAUUGCCCUUUGCUCUUAGCCUCUGAGGAUCUUAACUGGGGAUCUAAGCCGUUUAGGACUAUGGAUGCUUGGUUGUUGCAUGGAAACUUUGUUAAUAAGGUCGGAGAGGAAUGGAGAAAGUUGGUUGGAGGCCAAAUUCUAGAGAAGUUUAAGGCCAUUAAGAUGCCGCUUAGAGUGUGGAAUAAGGAGAGAUUCGGUUACAUUGACUACAACAUUCAGAAGGUUGAAGACGAAAUUAAAGCUAUUGAUGAGAAGAUGGAAAGUAGUGAAGCUGAUGAGUGUGUGCUGGCUAGGAUGAAAGCCCUUAGGGUUUUGGCAGAACGCUAG